GUUCUUAAUGCGAAUGAGGAUAAGAAAAACUAUCAGUGUAUGACUAUCCUAUUUUGCAGUCAGUCCUGAAGUCAGUUCAGUUGGUGUUAGAAGGUCGGUCCUGUCCAGGUCUGUUCAUUAAAAUAAAGUGCAGUGGAAAAAAGUACCAGGCUUAAAAGAAGUGCCUUCGCCCAACUGAAAAACAUGGAGUCUCAACCAAUGCUGUGGGUGUUCUGUUUGUACCUGCAAGUUAUUUUUUCUCCAGGCUCCUCUGAAGUGUGGAAGGCGAAAAUCGUUUCCCAUAUGAGAGCCAUGACUGAUUCCUGCGUGGUAAUACCAUGCACUUUUACGUAUCCAGGAAACCCAAAGUCUGCGACACAACAGAGGGCAAUUUGGUUUGAAAAGGAUGAUCCAAAAAAAUUUAUCUAUGAUGAAGACCAGUCAAAGGUGGACAACAGUUUUAAAAAACGCACAAAGCUAGUGGGAAAUCUCGGAGAAUUAAACUGCUCUUUGGAAAUCGACCAUAUUAAAGACCAUGACAAUGGGGAGUUUUGCUUCAGGAUUGAAAUUCCCAAAUUAAACCAAUACUCCUUCAAAGAAAGCUGCGUGGUGAUCAAAACAUUUGCUCCUUCUUCAGACAAGCAGAGCGCCCCAACACUGAGUCACCCCCACGAUCCCGUUGAGGGGAGCGCCUACACCAUUAUCUGCUCUGUUUACCACACCUGCCCCUCGCACGUCCCCACGCUCACCUGGAGUCACGGCACCCGAGGCCAAAUCAUCACCAUGCACAAAGACUCUGAUCACGGAAGGUGGGAGACCCAGUCCAUCCUCACCUUCAUCCCGAAGCAGGAGGAUGAUCACCAAGAGGUGUCCUGCACAGUGACACACCGCGGAAAUAAACCUCUGAAGAGCGCCAUAAAACUCAAUGUGAAAAGUAAGUUCAGCGUUCUCUUCUACAUCAUCAUCCCUCUAGUGGUUGCAGCGGGGACUGCAAUAGUCUUCGGGGUACUGAUUAUGUUCAUGAGGAAGAAAUACAAGAACCGCAUCACGGCUCUGCAGAGUGGGGGAGAGAACGGGCUCUGGAGCAGACUUUCACGAAUGUCACGCAGAAGACACCCAGGCAAUUAUCAGGAUGGGACAUCACGGCCUGAAAGGCGGUCUAUUUGGAGUAGAUUUUCUUGGAGAUCAAAUGGGAACAACAGCAACAUGGAUGUUGGUUACAGAGCCAACAAUGAGGUCAUUUCGACUGGAGGCCAGAAGGCCUCAAAACCCCGCUGCCCUUCUCCUAAAAGUAACCCAAAGUCAAGUGCCAAUUCUGGAAAGGGCAGAAAUAAUGACAACUACAAUGAUUUUGCUGAUGCCAACAUAUAUGGAAACUUGUAGCUGAUGCCAGCACAUUUGAUCAAGACACAAUGGAAGAUGUCACCAGAAAAAUUUGCGGUUCCUUUUUCCUUUUCCCCUGGUCUUUCUCAGUUCAUUUCAUUUGUGCUUCUUUCUUUCUUAAUAGUUACAUCAAUGUGUUUGAAAUAACACGGGGAAUCUUAGCUUCUGUUUAGCUGAUCUGGCAUAAUCAUAUAUAUAACCCAUAAUUAACACUAGGCUUCCUGGAUUUACUUACUCACUUCUAACACUUUCCAUUGCUUUAAACAACUUCAAAUAAUGAACAUUUCUGUCAUUUCUUGCACUAUAUUUUCACGUGACCAUAUUACCUGUGUUCUUCCAAUAUACCUAUAUACAAUGUGUACCAAUACAACUUCGUACUAUGCAUUUAUGUUAAUGACAAAUAAAGAAUUGCCACCUCAGA